UUUACCAAUGCAAUCCUGACGUGCUUCACCUCACCUGCUCAUUUUUUAUUUCCCAAAUUAUAAAACCUUUUCUUUUUUGUUCCCCAAAGAUUACGUGCUAGUAGGGGCGUUAAGAAAAAGGAAAAGAAAGAGAAGGAAAAAAAAAACGGAGAGAGAAAAAUUGGAGAGGCGGGCGAGUUAGGGGAAUUUACGUAGGAGACAAGCGAAAUCCCUAAAUUUUCUCUCCUCUCCUCGCGAGUUGUUUUGAGUGAGUUUCUGCGAGUGCUCUUGAGCUUCCAUCUUUCCGCAUAAGGCUUUGCAAGCUUUGCUCUAGCCUUUUUUUUUUUGUUCAGAUUAUUUUCUUGCGGUUUGUUCUUAAGUACUCGCUAGUGUCCCUAAUUUCCUGGUAAUUUCUUGGUAAUUUUUGGCUGCUUACUUUGCUCGAGCUGGGAUCUGUGUUUCAGUGCUCACUUGCUAAAUCCGAACCAAAUUAAACCUUGGAUUUUAAAACUCCUUCCAGCUAUUUUUCCGUUUUUAUUUGGGAAAUUGUGGGUUUACCAUUUCUUCCUCCGAUUUUCUUUUCCAUUUUCUCCCCUCAUUUGAGCUUCCUUCUCACCCAUUCCAAGAAAUCACCAUCCUUCCGCUGUAAAAUCGUUGAAAAAAAAAUUGUUCCACAGCUUUGAGCAGCGCGGGGUUUAUGGUGGUUUUUGCAGCUCUCGUCUUCUUCCUCAGCUCGCCUUGAAAUUUCGGUCCAAGAAAUCACUGAGCUGAGUGAGCUGCUGAGCUGAGCUUCUGCGAGAGAAGGUGUGGGAAUGAUGGAGGUGACUCAGGUGAGGGCGUCGUCGGAGAUGGCGGGAGGAAGGGAGCCGUUCGUGCUGCCCAAGAGCCCGCCGGCGGCGGCGCCUGCGCCGCCGCCGCCGUCGUCCGGCGGCAUGCAGAGCGUGCGCAUGGCGUACACGGCGGACGGCACGCCCAUCUUCGCUCCGGUGAACUCCGCCCCGGCCCCGGCCCCGGCGGCGACGUACCCGCCCGCAGGAGGCAAUGGCGCGGCGGCUCUCGACGCCGGCGAGCCGGUGGUCAAGAAGAAGCGUGGCCGGCCAAGGAAGUACGGCCCCGACGGCUCCAUGUCGCUGGCAUUGGUGCCCGUGUCCACCGCGGCGGUGGCGGCCUCCGGGCCUUUCUCGCCGGCGGCUGCCGCGAAGUCGCCGGACGCCGUGUCGUCGGCGCCGCCGCCGGGGGCGAAGAAGAGGGGGCGGCCAAAGGGCUCCACGAACAAGAAGCACGUGCCCUCUUUCGGAAUUGGAGAUAUCGGGUCAGCAGGAGCUGGAUUCACACCUCAUGUUAUUUUUGUUAAAGCUGGAGAGGAUGUAUCUGCAAAGAUCAUGUCAUUCUCCCAGCAUGGAACUCGUGGAGUAUGCGUUCUGUCAGCAAACGGCGCCAUAUCAAAUGUGACACUUCGGCAAGCUGCUACUUCCGGUGGAACAGUAACAUACGAGGGACGAUUUGAGAUACUGUCGCUGUCCGGUUCAUUCCUUCUAUCAGAGAAUGGAGGCCAUCGUAGUCGAACUGGUGGGCUCAGUGUUUCUCUAGCAGGCCCUGAUGGUCGCGUCUUGGGUGGUGGAGUUGCUGGACUUCUGACAGCUGCUUCACCAGUGCAGAUUGUGGUGGGAAGCUUCAACACCGAAGGGAAAAAGGGGCCAAAGCUGCAUGCUCCUUCAGACCCAAUGUCUGCACCGCUAAAGAUGGUGCCGAUGAGCGGGACGGGGCCAAGCAGCCCGCCAUCAAGGGGCACAUUGAGUGAAUCAUCGGGCGGCCCGGGGAGCCCGCUGAACCAAGGUGUCACGGCCAGCAACCAUGGCCAGCCAGGGCUACCCAGCUUAUCCUGGAAGUGAGCUCCUCCUCCUCAUCAUCAUCAGUGACCAGACCUUGGUCCCGUCUGACCGCCGUAGAACUUGCGAAAGGAAAUGUCGUGGCGGUGGUACUCGAGGUACUCCGGUGCGACGCCAUGGAUCCUAACUAGCCCCCCUAUCUAGUGUAAUGUCUGAACCUGAAUCAGGGAAGAAAACUGUAGCCGUUGCAUCUCUAGCUAGCUCUUCUGGUGUAGGUGCUGUUACUAUUGGAGACUAGACUCAAUGUGUUAUUUAGGUGGUUAAAUUGUUUUUUUAUCUUCCAGACACCGAUGAAAAAGCUCAUUGCUUCUAUGUAACUAUGUUGGCAUGUUGCGGUUAGCUUGUGGCUCAGUUCUUUUACCUUCU